GAUACAUAGAGAGAGAGAGAGAAGGAGGCAUACAAUUCAUACCAUUUUCGUUUCAACAAAGAACCAGAGCGAAUCUACGCUCGAUUUUCUCUCUAGAGUGUCGGCGACGCCUCGCCACCGCUUCGAAGUUCCGCCGCACCUCCGUGAGCAAAAAUGCCUCCUCAAAAGCGUCGCCACGAACGCACAACAACUCCGCCGCCGCCUUCGCCAUCGGCAUCGCCAUCGCCGGAGGAUCGCGAAAAAGACGAUGAAUCGCCCCAAGGAAGCGAGAAUUCUAUCCCGGAGCAGGUCGAAGAUGUCGGAGAUUCCGAUGAGAGUUCUUCUUCUGAAGAGGAAGAGGAAGAGCAAAAUGAGUAUGUUGAAGUGAACUUGGCUGAAAUUCGGAAGGAGUUUCAAUGUCCAAUAUGUUUGGGGAUCAUUAGGAAGACAAGAACAGUAAUGGAGUGUCUACAUCGCUUCUGUAGGGCGUGCAUCGAUAAAGCAAUGCGACUCGGGAACAACGAAUGUCCGGCUUGUCGCACUCACUGUGCCAGCCGCCGUUCUCUGAGGGACGAUCCAAAUUUUGAUGCCCUUAUUGCUGUAUUGUACCCUGACAUUGACAAAUUCGAGGAAGAGGAACUUGCGUUGGAUGAAGAGGAGGAGGAUCUCAAUACUCAGAUCCAAGCUUCCAUUGCAGAGACUUUUCGCCGCCAGUCAGAAGCUGUAGGGAAGAAGAAGGCGACAACAAAGGGAGCAUCGACUUCAUCUCCAAGAAGUCCCGCCAACAAUCGAACCACAAGGCGUGGAAGAAACACCCGUCGCCCUGAACGCGACGAAUCAGAUGCAGAGGACGCUGCAAUAGAAGAGUCAUCAGAUGAUGAAGGCCGCCGCCGAGCCAAGAAAUACAAAAGAAGGCGCAAGGCUGACGAAGGCAGCUCGAAAAGGGGUCAAGAGCAAUCCAAUCCGCCAUCUAUACAGCCCAUCAGAACCCAAAAAAUUCUGUUCUGGGGACGAUUAGGCCUGCGAAAGAAAAACCGGCGACCUGGCCGCGAAUGGCGUGACUGCAGCAAGCAUUGCCGGAUUUUUGACCAGCGAGACCUCUGCGAUCGGAUGCAGAAAGCACGUAAUAGGCCUGAGCCGGAGAUCGACGUUGUGGUGGUGCCGUUGAACGGGCAGUCGCUUCGGAAAAUUAGACGGCCGUAUCUGCAUUGCAGCAGAACAGCAAAGGUGAAAGAUGUCUGCAAGUUCAUUUCGUUCAAGUCAUCCAUGCCGGACGCCUCCCUGAUGGAGAUGCUGAUGAUUCGCGAUGUCCCUAAUGUGAAACCUUCCAUUAUUUUUGAGAAAGAAUCAUCGGUCAUGAGUCCAUCUCUCAGCAAAUUGGUGGUCUUGGAUGAAGACCAGACUUUGGAGGAGAUAUCUUCCAAAUUUAAUCAGCCAAAUCUGGUUUUGGCGUACCGGUAUAAGGUACCAUCAAUGUUCUGGUUUGGGUACGAACCUCUGCGUGCCUUGAUUCCUCUUUUUGGCUGAGCUUGGAUUGAUGAAGUGUGUGUUGUUGGGAGUAAGUUUG